AUGAAUGAAGAAACGCCGGUGGUCACUUUCCAAGUGACCACGAGACAAACGCCGAGUGUAGAGCAAGGCCGCGAUAGAAGAAUUCGUUUUAAAAGGUUCAAUUCUAACCUAGAACUCAUCCCAUUCUUCUCCAAAAAUCAGUCAAAUUUUGGUGCAUCAGAUGACAUUAUUCAUUGGUCCAGACGAAGUGACGCCGUUGUCACGCUGCCGUCGAGAACGACACCAUCCCUCCUAUUUAAGUCGUCUCUGCCGUCGCGCCAGCUGGCGCUACUAAUGGGUAGUGGAGCUCUUGAAAUUAAUUGUUUAAAGAAUGGGGAAGCUGAGAACAGUCUUCACAAGCUACCUUCUCAAGCUCCUGCAUGCGAGAACUUGCUUUCUGAUGACAAUGAUGCUGUUGCUGAUCAUGAGAAGCUAUCACAAUCACAUCUCGACGAGAGCAAGUUUGAUAGGCACUUCAAGUUAUGGGCUCUUCGAAUCCCUUGCCAACAUUGCAAGGUUGCCACUCGAAUCCUCAAUGGUUACUUAUUCAACAUGCCCCGAGUCAAACCCAUCAUUGAGGACCCUACCUUUGACAAAAACCGUUACCUUAUACUCUCCGACAAAGUUCAGAAUCAAGAUUUAUCUGAUAUUCCAAAGCAAAAGGUCGACGAGCUUAAUGGCUUGUGUAAAAUUGAAGUUGUGCCCUAUUCAUUGACAUUAGGGUAUACUUAUUGGAGUGCAGGUGAAUCAUGUGCUGAAGCAGAUAUUGCCUACUGGAGUGGAGGUCAAAUUGCCCAUUUAAACCUACACGAUGAAUUACUUCCCUACAAAGAUGUUAUCGCAAAGAAAAACUAUCCAAGAAUCAAAACUAUUGUCAAUAAAGUUGGAACCAUUACAAAUGAAUUUCGUGUGCCAGAGUUUGAAAUUUUAGCAGGAGAGCAUAAUAUGAUCACAGAAGUGAAGCAAUAUGGUGCCAUUUUUAGGCUUGAUUACAGUUUGGUUUAUUGGAAUUCGAGAUUGGAACAUGAACACAAAAGGUUAGUCUCAAUGUUCCAAGCUGGGGAGAUCAUUUGUGACAUGUUUGCCGGAGUAGGUCCUUUUGCCAUUCCUGCAGCACAGAAAGGAUGCAUAGUCUAUGCAAAUGAUUUAAAUCCAGGUAGCAUUCACUAUCUGAGAAUUAAUGCCAAAAUCAAUAAGGUUGAUGAUCGUAUUUAUGCAUACAACAUGGAUGCUAGAAAAUUCAUGUCCCAGUUGAUGGAAGUGCCAAAUAACGAGGUUACAUCAGCACACUCACCCGAAGUUCCCAGUUUGGAUACUUGUCACACAUGCAAGAUACAAGACAAUGAUGAACCAAAUUCUGAAAAUGAGUUGCUCACUGUUGAUACAAAAGACCUAGGAGAUAGCAAUCAUAGUGGUGUAGGGGAUGUCAAGGGUUCAACCAGGCACACUGCUACAUCUGUAAUUGCUGGGAAAAGAUCUUUUACUAUUUAUCAUGAAGGGGAUGAUAAUGAUAGUAGAGGUUAUGUGUAUGGGGAAGGGAAUGAAGGCGCUCAUGGAACUGGCAUCCUAGAAGGUAGUAGAAGAAAAGGAAGCACGAGCAAGAGAAUGAGAAGCUCUGAAAUCUGUGUCACAAAAACUUGGGAACAUAUUGAUCACAUAAUAAUGAACCUGCCUGCAUCUGCUGUUCAGUUUCUAGCGACUGAAACUCCUGAGACUAUAAUAGCUGUGGCAGAAUCUGCUUUAAACGCUCCUAUACAAGACUCAAAAUUUCAUAGGGUUAGGGAUGUGGCUCCAAACAAGAACACUGGAACUUGUUGCCAGGAGGAUGCCUUAAAGAAGAUGGUCAAUAGCAUUGUCCUUGGUGAUGCUGAAGAGAAGAUAGCUUUGUAUAACACUACGAUAGUUUUCAGGGUUUUACAGGGUGCAUUGAUGGAUUCAGUGCGAGUUUUAUCCGACUCAAAAGCAAGCAUAGUGAAAUAUGACAAAUUUAACAGGAUGGAAUGGGCCAUGAUUGUUGAAACUAUAGAAGGAUAUUUAUUCUUGUUGAGAUGCAUCUUAUUCCUGCACUUAUGGUUUCAAAGCAAAAAGUGCCCUGAUAAUUUUCAAGCCGCGUUUUGUACUUCUUUGGAAUUAUACACAAUGAACAGUAAUACUAUGGUAUCUUGCACUGUAUGGAUUAUUCUACGAUAA